UCAUUUCCGCUCCAGUGGCAUGUUUUGGUUUCAACUUUCAAGUAACCAAGAACUAAGUAAAAAUAUUUUUUAUUCUCUCAGGGAAACUUGGUCAUGGCAACUGACAAGAAAGUAGACAAGGCAAAGAAAAAGAAAACAAGGCGCAAGCGGCGUUCAAAAUGCUAUCCUACCAGUGCUUUCGCCAUUGAAAAGUCACCUUUUAAGGAUGAACCCAGCAAUGGUCUCAAAAUAAACGAUUGUUUUAAAGCUUCAUACUCACAUGUACUAGAUCAAACUUCAGCAGUAAAUGUAACGGGCCUUGGCAUGUUAAAUAACAUGUUAGCAGUGAAAGUAGGCAUCGACAUAAAAUCACUUUUGAAUGAGGAUCUUGCAAAGACAAUGGAUUUGAAACACUUGGCCAGUGUCCUUGAAAAAUUUUUAAAGCAGCAUAAGCGACUUAAUGUCUUCAAAAAUAUAGCGUUUCAGCAGAUAGAUGUUGUAUUUCCUGGACUUCAGUGUGGUGAAAAUUACCCUAGAAAAGUAGUCUUUCACAUUCUUUUUUUUAUUCUUUUGCACAUUUUGCCAUCAGAAUUGCUCGGAUCAAAGGCAAACUUUAAACUGUUCAUGAAAUCAGUUCGCAGAAUAGUUUACGGCUGUCAUGGACAGUGCUUAAGUUUGAGCUCAGUGAUUCAUGGCCUGAAAGUGAGUCACAUUCAGUGGCUGCAAAAGGUUGUAUCCUCUAAUAGUCUGCGUCUACAUGUACUGGCGUGUCUUGUGAAAUGGUUACUUCUGUAUGUUCAAGUCAUUAUUUGUAGACUCUUUCACCUUGCCAUUCAUGCAUCAAAUGAGAUUCUGUUUUAUGAUAAGAAAAAGUGGCUUCUAUUGAAGCAAAAGGAAAUUCAAAACCUUAUAGCAAAUGGUAAGAUUGCUAAGACUGGAGACAAUAUUUCAGAAACAACUAAAUUUGCUGAUAUUGGAAGGACCCAAUUUCGUGUAAAAAAACAUGGUCUGCGGCCUAUCACUGUUUUUAGACAGCCAUCUGACACUGCUUCCAUGCUAUUAAGAGUUAAUUCAAAGAUGUUGCUGCAUCAACUUGCCUAUAGUAAUGGGGCCCAAAAUACAACAUUUAGUCGGAACAUUGAUCAGAUGCUGCAUAACAGUUUACUAAGAACUGUUAAACUUUACCCUGAUCCAGUUACUCGGCCUCCAUACUAUUUUGUACGAGCUGAUGUGAAAGAUGCUUUUGGUUCUAUUAACCACUACAAAAUGAACUCAAUUUUACAAGAUCUGAACAAACAAUUUUUGUCCAGUGAUUGUAAGAUGACAGUUUGGAGUGUCCAAAGAGGCAGAAAAGUUCUUGACAUCUAUGAAUCGAAGACAAUGUCUGUACCAACAUCAAGCGCUGUGCCUCUAAAGAAGUUGGGGCCACCUAAGACUGAGAACAUACGGAACAUUUUGCUUCAUAUUAGAAAUCAUGUUCAUCGCUUAGCCACAGGCUUUGGUAAAGCUGUAUUUAGAAUAUGCCAUGGAAUUCCUCAGGGUAUGCAUUUAUCUGCAAUCCUUUGUGAAAUAUAUUAUAACUCACUCGAUAUAAAACAUUUCCAACCUUUCCGUCAAACAAAGGAAGGUGAAAUAUUUGUUCGUUAUUGUGAUGACUAUUUGUUUCUUACACCUGAUAAAGAGAGAGCAGAAGAGUUUCUGCACAAGGUGUCUGAGGGAUUUCCUGACUUCAAUGUUCAAUUCAACAAGGAAAAAACUCUAACUAACUUAACUUCAGAUACAUCCAUUGUGCCCUUUUGUGGUUUCUUGAUUGAUUUGGAAACAUUUUCUGUGCAAGGAUGCUUUGAUGCCUAUGCAAAUUUGAACAUUGCAAAUACUUUAUCCUUAAGUAAAACUCAAAAAUUAGGAAAGUCUCUUCUGUUCCGGAUGAAAAUUAUAUUGAAAUUGAGCCCUAUUUUGGUGGACAGACGAAUUAACUCCAAACACAAUAUUAUUCAGAAUAUUUAUAAUAGUGCACUUUUCAUGGCUUUCCGAUUUUGUGCUUUUGUUAAUGUUUGCUUUCCAUUAAAAAAAAUUAACCAGACUUUCAUAUUGCAAUGUGUGAAAGUUGGGGAAAGGACUUUGAGAAAGAGAGUACUAAGAAUUGUUGCCCAAAGUUACCCAGGUAAAUGGAUAUCAGCCAAGGAGAUUCGAUGGAUAUGUUAUCGAGCGUUUAUUGCUCGUAUGUCAAAGUCUGGGGUUUGGUGCAAUAAGGUAUUAAGAUAUCUGAAGAAUACUUGCAAAGCUAUAGAGAAGGAAAUAAAUGUUUUUCAACUGAAAUUGCUUCAAAAAGCAAACACUCCUCCUCUACCUGGAGCAUUCUCCUCAAUGAAAUGAAGUUAGUUCUCAUACUAAACAGCUUAUGGAUUUAAGGAUUUGAAUUGCAGCCAGCAGGCUUGUGGUUGGCAGAACCCUGCACCUGCACUGGAGCAGACCAGCUUGGCACAGGCGCUAGAAUAAUUAUGAACCUCCUCUCUCUUUGCUUCAGCAGUCGGAGCCAGCUUCUGAAGAAAUUUAUCGAGGCACGUUUGCUGACUUAUUUUCAGAAUCUCAAGUUCUUUGGAAAACUGUCUUUGAAACCUAGCAGCGGCAUGGUUUCUAUUAUAUUUGAGUACAAAUCGUUAAUUUCUCUGAUACCUUAAGGAGGGGAAAAAGUUAAUUUCUUUCAAUUAAAUUUUUUAAUUCCAAGUUUCACUUCAAUAAUAUUUUUUUACAAUCAAUUCAGCAUAUAA